AUGCUAAAAGUAGGAACUGUAUUUAGCGGAAUAGGUGCUUUUGAGCAAGCCUUAAAAAGAAUGAAUAUUAAUCAUGAUAUUUUAUUUGCUUGUGAUAAUGAUAGAUUUGUUAAGCAGUCUUAUUUUGCUAAUUAUGACAUAGAUGAUAAUAGAAAUAUUAAAGAUAAAAGGGGUUUGUUGGUUUAUCAGUUUAUUCGACUAAUCAAAGAAAUCAAACCCAAAGUUUUCAUUUUUGAAAAUGUAAAAGAUUAUGGUAUACCUCAAAACCGACAGAGACUUUUUGUGGUAGGUCUACUAGAAGAGAAUGGUUUCAAGUUUCCUCUCCCAAUACCUUUGGUUAUCAAGAUGAAAGAUUUGUUAGAAGAUAGGGAAAAUUCUCAUUAUUUUCUACCGGAAAAAGGGAUAAAGUUUGUGCUUGAUAAGAAAAAUCAGCAAAAGAGGUAUACCCAAGGAACUGCUAAUUAUCGAACUACGAUUGAAACUGAUUUGGAAGUUGCUCGACCUCUCUUGUCAACUAUGACUAAAUGCCAUCGAGCAGGGGUUGAUAACUACAUAACUGAAGGGAGUAAAAUAAGAAAACUUACCCCUAGGGAAUGUUUAAGGUUAAUGGGUUUUCCUGACACUUUCAAAAUUGUAGUCAGUGAUACCCAAAUGUAUAAGCAAGCAGGGAAUAUUGUUAAUGGCACUGAAACGACAAUUGCUGACAGUUUCGUAAAAAAGAACAAGACAAUAAGAGGAGCAAAAAAAGCCCAUGGAGAAGCAAGAUUAUAUCAAUUAGAAAAGAUUGAAGAAGAAUUUCUUUAUUUUAAUUUUGAAGAUGCUAAUAGUGUUGAUGAUAAAGCAAGGUUCUAUAUUCGGUCAAAAGAUAAAACUUUUUGGGAUUUGUUUCGAAGUUUAGUGUUGCCAAUUAUUACUUCUCUAAGUAUUGCUAAGGUUGAACUUAAUAUUUCCAAAGAAUCAGCAUUUUACUUUUACCCUUAUUUACAUUCUCACGAGAGAUUUAACCAUCCUAUUCGAAUAAGAAGAGAAAUAGAGAAAAUUAGAAAAGACCCAACUCUUGAUGAAACAGUCAAGAAACAGUUAAUAAAUUCUAGAAGAGGGCAGGGAAGAUUUAGGAAAAGGAUUACUGAUGAAUUUAGUGAGUGUGUAAUUACUAAG